UCCCUCCUCUACUCUAUUUAUAAUGUCUCCUCCAAGUCCCCCCAGAGGUUAAAAAAUAAAACUAUAGAGAUAUCUUUUGAAGGCAAGAGAAACAAAGGAGAAGGAUAUGGGGAAUUGCCAGGCGGCGGAGGCGGCGACGGUGGUGAUCCAGCAUCCUAGUGAGAGGUUGGAGAGGGUUCACUGGCAGCUCAAGGCCAAUGAGGUGAUGGCAGCCAACCCUGGCUACUACGUCGCCGUUAUCGUCACCACCAUGUCUUCGGCAUCCAACUCGCCGGUGAGGCAUCUUAAGUUGCUCCGACCGGAUGACACACUCCUUAUCGGCCAUGUUUACCACCUCAUUAGCUUUGAAGAGGUGUUGAGAGAGUUUGGAUCAAGGAAGAAAGUUAGGCUGAAUAAGUUUCUCAUGUCGAAGCAAGAGAAUAGAAGAAAGAGUUACAAUCACAGGGAGAGGAAGGCAAGAGGAGGUACAGAUGGUGAUAUUGGUGAUGGAGAUUCUAAUCAAGAGAAUUCUUCUUGCUCUAUGAUGGUGGAAGCAAAACAAGAAGAAGAGGAGACACAUCAGGUGGGCAAUAGCAACAUUGACAUUAGCAGCAGUGGUGGCAGUGUGUCAAGGCACAGACAAUGGAGACCAACCUUGCAGAGCAUUGCAGAGACGGUACUUUGAUAAUAAAGGCAAUCUAUGACUCUUCUCCGGCAGUUUCUAUGUCUUAUAUGUCUUUUACUUUACUUGGAAGCCACCACCCUUCUAUUCCCAUAAGAUCAAUUGGACGAGUGCAGGAGAGAGGUCUUUUUGGUGGAGCAAGCUUUCUUAUCAAAAGUUUUGUGGUGCUUUUGUGGCUGCAAAUGGCAUGUUAAGAUCUACGGCAUGAUUAUUCCAAUUGUAAAUUGCAUGUAGCAUAGGAAAAACUAUCUUAUGUUAUUCAAGCUUUGUGGGAAACUAAUAUUUGUUGGGACGAAGAUUUCCAGACAGUUAUUAGAUGGCUUUCUGAUCCAUUGCUAGCUGAAA